AUGAUAUUCAGACAUUUAACAUUCGUAACAUUUUUUUUUGCUUUCACGAUAAAUGGUGAAAAUAUUGAAUCAACUACAGAAUUGAUUGAAAAAGUUCACAGUGAAAGUGAUGCCGAAGCAAUUUGUUUUGUUGGAGUUGAAAGCAAUUUUUUAGAUAUUUUUCUACAAACUCAUCCAAAUAUUCCAGUGAUACUUUUCAAUCUUCAGAUUGUAAAUAUCACUUGGAAUGAGGACAAAGGACUAUACGGAAAUGUUCUAAUAGUAGUUGAUGCUGUUAAUAAAGAUCCAAGUACUAUCAAAAUACUGAAGCAACUAAUUCUUCAACUUGGAAUUCGAAAUUUUGCAAUCAUUAUCGCAGAAGAUUUCGAAAGACUUCAACAAUAUUUCUACUAUUUUUGGAAGAAUCACUUUCGAAGGAUCUUUGGAAUUGUAAAUGGAACUUCGUUUGCCUAUUUUCCCUACUCAAAUUCUACAGUUGGUGUUAAUGUUGCAGAAUUGAAGCGACUUCCUGAUGCAUUGAGGAAUCUUAACGGACGCGUUAUUCGUACAUCGAUUAAAUUGGACGUUCCUAGAGCAUUUUGGUAUACUGCUAAAGAUGGUACUCGAAAGGUUGGAGGUUUCGUUGCAAGAGUUCUAAUACAUUUUCUCCGAAAGUACAAUGGAACUUUUGUAGUAGCUAAAGUUAAUAACACUGAAAAAAAUCAGGAGAUUGGUGCUGUGGUUAAAGGCGACUUGGAUGUUACAAUAAAUCCUUAUAUUUCGUCUAUGGGAAUUACGCUAAGUUACCCUGUUAAACUUAGCAGAUGGUCCCUAAUGGUACCGGUUAAGGGCUAUUUAGAUCCGAAUCAGUACUUUUUGAGACCAUUUUCCCCAACUGUUUGGGGAUGUAUCGGAGUAACUUGUUUAUACAUGGUCCUCAUAAAUAUUCUGUUAAAUGUUUCUAGAAAUUUGCCAGCAAACAUUUGGUAUUCAUUUUCUGAAAUUUAUUUAACAAUGAUAAAUGGUUCUCUUGAUCAUAUAAGUAACAGUGCAUAUAGAGUACAAUUUCUUCAAAAAAUCUUUGCUUUUAUAAUUGUCAAUUUUUAUCUGGUCUAUCUAACGUCAUUUCUGACAAUUUUUAUAAAAGUCAAAGAAUACGAUUCCGUUGAAGAUCUAAUGGAAGCUAAUUUUCCAGUGGUGAUGGGACCAUACGAUUGGAAGUACACAAAUCGUGAAAUGUUCCCAAAGGAUUUUGAAAGAAUUCUUGUUAUAAUUCCAACUGAUGAGUUGGUUAAAACACGAUAUUCAAUGAAAAAUACAAGUUUUUCUUUUGGCGUGGGUAUUGAUGCUUUUACUUUUCUUCACAGUGUUACAUCGAAGUAUUCGAAGCCGAAAUUUCGAAUUAUAAGUAAGACUAUACAUCAGGCUUUAUAUGGAUUUCUUUGGGCCGAACAUGCACCGCUUCAGGAAGUUUUGAGUCAGUUUAUUAUAAGAAUAUUUGAUUAUGGAUUAAUGAUCAAAUGGACACGAGACUCUGUGGGGCAAGGCUCAGAAAUUGUGAUGAAAUAUAUGGACUUGAGACCGGAAGCUAGUAAUUUGUAUGCUUUGACUGUGAAACAAUUUCGUUUUGCAUGGAAUUGUCUGUUUGGUGGAUUGGGGGCAGCUUUAAUUGUUUUUUUGGGUGAGAAGUUUUGUGUAAAAUGGUGCAAGAAUCUUAAAGAAAAAAGGUUAAAAAAUACUUAUCCAGAAAUUAAUGUAAAGUAG